GCGCGCUUCUUCCCUGCUCGCUCGCUCGCUCGCCCAACUGCUUGCAAUUCUUUAGGCUCUUUUCAGAGCCCCCUCAUAAUCCAGAUGGCAGGUAAUAUUCUCUCCACGUCUACCACAAAAGUUUGCUCUUCGUUAACCAGUAGCAGUGCUACUUAAUUACUCGUCGUCGUCGUUGUUGUGAUUGUUUCUGUGUUGCGUCUGUCCAGCCCAUCAGUCCCAUAUUUUAUGUAGUUCUUCCACUGGCUUAUGUUUAUUUGUGUGGACAUUUCGGUCGUCAAAGCAUGCAUGCCCGCCCGCCCGCGCAAUUUUUCCUCUUGCCUUCGAUCAUUCGCUGAUCCCAAUCGAUCUCGCACCACGCUCCACUCACUUCAUUCACCAUGUUUUUUUUCCUCAGGGAGUGGGAAAUUUUUUUUACACAACAAAAGCGCAGAGUUACACACACAGACCGACGUAAUACAAAGAAAAAUCAAAAUGAAAUGUGCCUGCCUGCCAGCCACACAAAAUUUGCAUUCCGUUAUGUUAUGUUACUACGCUUACAAACUCGACAUGUCCGUUCAAACACGCUUCUCAUUCACGCGUCCUUUUAUUUCACUCACUCACGUUUACCAUCCAUGCAGACAUUACAUUCAUCCUAAUGUGACACUUCUUAUUAUCAUGCAGGGCAAACAAUGCGUGGCUCAGCUAACGUGCACCACCACGUAAACCUUUAAGACAAAAAAAAAAGUAAAAGUCGUUAUGAGUAGUAAUCAUUAGGUCAAGCCUCAGUGUUAUUUAAGCGUGCCAACAUGCUCUUCCUUCCUCGCCUCGUUCGUGCUCUUGUCUUCUGUUUUCCUUGUUUCGUUAACAUUUUUCUGAAAGUAUUCUUUCCGUUCCUCCCUCGUUGAUCUAUACCAUUGCAGUACGCGUAAUGACUACUGCUGCUAAUACUACUAAAGUGGAUAAUGUCGGUUUUAUUGCUUACAUCAAUACUCGAUCUCCAUUACUACCACGUACUUUCACGCACGUGUUGUAACUGACCCAAAUUACUGAAGUGAGCCGUGGUGUGAGGUAAUAGGGGAGUGGGGCGGCGCACAUUACGUAUCUAGGUAGUAAAGGGAAAUGACCAUGAUGGUCAAGGGGGGAUGAUCGUCCAUUCGUAGCUGCCUCUAUACAAGAAAUAGAUGUUUCCAACGCACAAGUGACAAGAACGUCGGCAUUCUUUCAUUCCCCCAAACCAAACACUGCAUGCAUGCAAGCAAAGUAUAGACAAACAUACAGUAUGUAGGUGCGACAGGCACGCUCACUCAACAUGAGAAAGCAUCAUUGCAGUAGUACGAUGAAAACAUGUUCCAUCAGCAGCAUGGCCGUCACGCUUCUGUUGUUGUUUGUGGGGGGGGGGGAGUGGUCAUUGGCCGUAAUGCGUAUGCGCGCUAAAUGGUUGGAAUGUCGACUAGUGCUAAGGGCUUUCGCCUCCUAGCUGUCACCACCAUUCAGCCACUCGGGCUCCCCCUCCCAUCCACCUCUCGCCGCUUAGGCCACCAAUCGCAUGCUGCCUUAAUGACAACACGCUUCUUUUCGAGUUGUCGAUUGGAGGACCAAUCACACGCUGGUGAAGGCCUACCUUAAAAGCGAGUGAGUGUGCUUGCGGCAAGCUAGUUUUCUCUCUCUCUCACACUGAUUUGCAAGUUAGUUGCUCUCACGUCGACCAGACUUUGAACACACAAGACAUUUGCAAUGGCACGUACCAAGCAAACCGCUCGUAAAUCCACCGGAGGCAAGGCGCCUCGCAAACAGCUGGCCACCAAGGCCGCCCGCAAAAGCGCCCCAGCUACCGGAGGUGUGAAGAAGCCCCAUCGUUACAGGCCGGGCACUGUCGCUCUUCGUGAAAUUCGUCGUUACCAGAAGAGCACAGAGCUGCUGAUCCGCAAACUGCCCUUCCAGCGUCUGGUGCGCGAGAUUGCACAGGACUUCAAGACCGAUCUGCGUUUCCAGAGCUCUGCCGUCAUGGCUCUGCAGGAGGCUAGCGAGGCUUACCUGGUGGGUCUGUUUGAGGACACCAACCUGUGCGCCAUUCACGCCAAGCGUGUCACCAUCAUGCCCAAGGACAUCCAGCUGGCCCGCCGUAUCCGCGGUGAGCGCGCAUAAACCAACGGCUGCCGCUGCUGCUGCUACUGUUGCUACUGUGCGUUAGCCAACUCACACACGCGUCAACACCAAACUCCUCUAGGCUCUUUUCAGAGCCACCCACGUAUUUCAGACGAGUCGUCAACUUCUCUCUCACGCCAAGUUUGCUAUUUUUU